CGGAUAGGUUGCUCGAUCCGUGUGUGUACGGUUACGGAUUGUUGGCUUUUUUUCUGUUCUUCCCUUGCUUCGGGAGUACGGCGCAAGAUUUCCGUUCGCGGGUCUGUUUGGGUGCGGCACGCACGCAAGUGUGUGCUGUGAGGACGCGAUUGUGAGAGUGUGUGAGACGAUUAGAUGAUAGUCGCGGCGCAGAACCAGCGGGAUUCUCAGUCAUUCUCGACCAGUUCAUGUGCUUCGGUUGACCAAAAUGUGUUGCCCGUGACCAGUGUUGCUAGUGGGUUGCCAAGUCCAACACCCUGAAUAAUCAGAAUAAAGUGCGAACGUUCCCACUCCACGUCAUAGAGAUAGGAUAACAUAGUGAGAAAAAAAGACUCCGGAAUCCUGCAGCGCCAAGGUGUUCGAAAACGAUCGCGUGUGAUUAAAAGUGUGCGAGAGUGUGGGCUGUCGGAAGCUAAGUGGAAAGUUUUCUCCAACCGAAAUAGUUUACCGACCCGUGUGUGUGUUUUGCUUGAUUUAUUCUUGCGCCCAAGAAGCAGCUUGUCUAAAUUUUCAUUAUAAACACGCAGAACCGAUGUUACACUCCGGGAGCAAAAUGCGUUCCGGUUCCAAUGUGUUCUGGAUGCUGGUGGCAGUAGGGCUACUGCUGCUAGCCAGCGCACUGGAAUCCGAUGCGGCCAACAAUCCAAAAAGUGGUUUGCAAAAACCGGCAUCUGUUGCCAAUCAGCAAGGGAAUCGUCUGCAUGUACCGACCGCCAACUCGAAGGUGGUGUCGGAUAGCGUGACCAAUCUAGCCGCAAGGAUCGCUAACGCGCUGUCGAACCAGAAAAGCAAAACGGAAAUCUUCUCACCCGUCAGCAUAGCGGGAGCGUUGUCGCUGCUGCUGCUUGGCUCGGGCGGUACAACGCAGCAAGAACUGCUUAAAGUUAUGGGCUUAGACAGGGGGCAGCUCUCGUUCCAGGAGAUACACGUCGGCUUCGGGCGCCUGUUUCAAGACCUGGUGUCGAACGAUCCCAGCCUGGAGCCGCUAGUGACCUGGCGCUUGAACGAUAAGUGCAAUCGAUACGAUGAAGAGGAGGAAGACGAAGAGUUCCUACCAGCGCAAUCACCGAGCAAUCCCAACGACUACCCAACCGACUACGAUCCAACAGCGCACUUAAUAACGGUCGCCAACGGUAUAUUUGUCGAGCGCAACUUCCAGCUCAGCGACACGUACCGCAACCAAUCGAUGAUGUACUACAGCUCCGAGGUGCGGUCCCUUGACUUUGAGCAGAACGCGUCCGGUGCGACGCAGUUCAUUAACGGAUGGGUAAGCGAGAAGACGCACGGCAAGAUACCGAACAUACUGGCAUCGACACUGCCCCCCAGCACGGUCAUGGUGCUGGCGAGCGCCCUGUACUUCAAGGCACUGUGGGCGGAAACGUUUAUCGACGGGGCGACGAAGCUGCGGGAAUUUUUCCCGGACGGCAAGGACAAACCGUCGGUGAUGGUGGAGAUGAUGGCACACGGUGGUUGCUUUCCGUUCUACGAAUCAGCCGAGCUGGAUGCGCGCAUCAUUGGGUUGCCGUACAAGAACAACCUGACCACGAUGUACGUGAUCAUGCCGAACGAUUCGAACCGGGCGAAACUGCAGCGACUCAUCCCGAAGCUGAACGGUGAUAAGGUGCAACAGUUGAUCGACAGUAUGUCGAUCAAAACCUCGAUCAUCCUGUUUCCUAAGAUGCACAUCAGCAACACGGUGGAUCUGAAGCGCGUGCUCCAGCUGCUGGGCGUAUCGUCGAUGUUCCGAGCGGAGCGAAGCAAUCUAUCCGCCAUGUUGAACGACCCACCAGCGCAGACGGAUUCGUACCCGAGCCGGGUGCAAGAAGCGGUGGACGCAUUAGCUCCAGCGAGGCGACCUGCGCUAAACACGCCAGCAUACGAACGGAGACCGACUACGGAGCCGUGGUACGAUAGGAAAGAAGUCUUAAUAUUCAACCGUAUCAGUAACGAUACGAAGGAUGAACCGGCCGUAAAUUCUGAAACGGAACAACCACCAACGACAGAACCUGUCCCACAGACGCUCGUACCAUUAACUGCCAGUCCGUCCAGAACGAAUCGGCAGCGUAAAACAAAGCGUGACGUUAGCUACAAGGUGCCGAGCAGCAAGCACGCACAAGCAGGUCCGCUGAACAGCAAGGACUUCAUACUGAACAAGCGCAUCGUCAAGGAAAAUGGCCCAGUGGGGAAGAAGGGUUUGCGAAGGCGUAGCAAACGUGCGGCCGAGCAGCUGUACGUGAGCAACGCGGUGCAUCAGGUCGAUCUGGAGGUGAACGAAACGGGUACGGAAGGUGGGGCGGCCACUAUUGUGACACUGAACCGUUCCGGCACCAGCGUCGUGUUCCGUGCGGAGGCACCAUUUUUGCUGCUGAUUCGCAACGAUCGCACUAAUUUGCCGCUAUUUUACGGACCCAUUUACCAUCCGACUACCAGGAAGGAUCUUAUCAUACAGAUUGGUAACGGGAUCUUCGCCCAACUGGGUACCACGUUCGACGAUCGCUACAACAAGCUGGCCAGAGAUUUGUACCAGAGCGAACUGAAGCACCUUGACUUUGUCGGCGACGAGACCACUUCCGUGCGGUACAUUAACAACUGGGUGAAUAAUCAAACGCGCGGACGUAUAGCGGACAUCGUAUCGCACGUCAGCCCGGACACGAUCCUGAUGAUCGUCAACACGCUGUACUUCCGCGGCCUUUGGGAGGAACCAUUUGAACCGCUUGCCACCCGGAACAGGCGCUUCUUCCCGAACGGACCGGAUGGGCCGGACUCGAUCGACAUCCCGAUGAUGGCCAAGAGUCACUGCAUGCCGUACUACUACUGGCAGGAGGAAAACGUACGUGUGGUCGGUGUGCCGUACCGCCAGAACGUCACCAUGUACAUCUUCCUGCCGAUGAACUCAACCCGGGAGCUGGUGCAAUCGUUGCAGUCCAAAAUUACUGCCGAGCGGGUGAACGACAUUGUAACGAAGAUGAAGAUGAAAUCGGUCACGCUGCUGUUCCCCAAGAUGCAUAUCACCAACUCCAUCAGCUUGAAGAGUGUGCUCCAGCAGCUCGGCGUUUAUACGCUGUUCGAUCGUAAAGAGGCGGACCUGUACCGUCUGCUUACCUCACUGAAUCGGUACGAUGGUAAUGAUCCGCUGGACAUUUUGGACGUGUUGCAGGACACGAAGGAAAACGCUGUGCGCCAGUUGCAGCAACAACAGGAAGGAUGCGUUGUGGCGGAGCAUAAUGGUAUUGAGCGGGGCGAAUGCUUGAAGAAAAACUGUGCGUAUGGGGGCCAAACAUGCGUGUGCUGUGCGGAGGGUGAAGACUUCCGGCGACGCCGCCGACGACAGACACCGAUGCCGACGAAGAAUGAAUCGAUCUUCGUGAACGAAAUGCUGCACAAGGUGGAUGUGACGGUGAAUGAGCGCGGUACAGAGGGAGGUGCUGCUACCGCUACGCUGGUCGAUCGUAUCUCGUCCCAGGUUAGUUUCAUCGUCAACGGACCUUUUCUAAUGCUUAUUCGGGAGGAGACCACUAGAUUGCCACUGUUCUAUGGAGCUGUUUACAAUCCGAAAUAAACCGUUGCCCGGCGGUACGUGGAAGGAUUCAUGAUUUUACAGAUGAAAUUAUUGACAUUACCUCAUUACAUUGAAUGAACUAAUAAAAAAUGCACUCUACAAUGAAUGGGAAUAUGCAGCUGA